AUGAAUAAAAGCGAUCUUAAGAGGAAGAGAGUGGAUGUUUCCUGCCCUGCCCCGGAAGAUGCCUCGAGUUUUUACAAGAGGUUGGGACUGGACAUUUUGACCCCGUCCUCUACUUCCGGGCAGACUCAGGAGGCUGGGCCGCCUAAGAAGCGUCCUGUUCAGCAGGCGAGCCACACAGCUAACCUGACCACAACGCCCACUCAAAGAUCCGACAAAGUGGGACAACAGUGGCAUCAGUCUCAGCAGAGAGAAAGGCAGGCACCACAGCAAUUCAGACAAAAUUAUCCUCAUGAAAACAGCUACAAUGAUAGAUCUGCAUCUGUGAAUACUGCUGCCACCUACCGACCGCAAUAUGCUCCGGUCCAUCGUCCUCAUGAGCAACAAACUCAUUAUAGGACAGGCGUGGUACCUAGCAGCAACACAUAUCAGCCGCAACAUGCGCAACCUACUCGCCCACAUGGGUACCAAACUCAGACAAGACCUAAUUAUGUGAAUGAGAACAUCAUUCCCCAGCAACAUAGAGUGCAUCCUACUCAUCCACAUACAAGGACUGAGUCUAUGAGCACAGUUGCUUCUCACAAACCUCAACAUGCACAGCAAUCUCAGCAGAGAGUGCAUCCUACUCAUCCAAAUACUAUGAGCACAGCUGCUUCUCACAAACCUCAACAUGCACAGCUGCCUCAGCAGAGAGUGGUGCGUAGAGAGCCUCAGGUGAAGCCGAUCAACAGGUACGCCCCUCCAGAUUACCUAACACUAAUGUAUCACCCCACUCCCACACUGGAGGACCUGGGGUUAACCAGUUAUCUGGACAGUCCUCCCUCAUCACCCAGAACUAGGUCACCAGCUCAGGAGGAAAAACCGGCGGAUUCUCAACCAGAGCGAGAGUCGGCAAGGAGGGUCUUACCAGCAUGGGACGCACCAACAAACGACUUUUUUGACGAAGAAUCCAAGACAACUAACUCACAAGCUAGAGAGUUCAGGACGGCUGUGUCAGCUGACAAACAGUCCUCAAAGAUUGACACUGUAUCAGAGGCUAAAAAGUCCGCAUUGAAUGUGACCAAUCAGAUGAGAGAAAGACACCAGGUAAAUGUGACUAAUCAAAUGAGUGAAAGACACCAGGCAAAUGUGACCAAUCAAAUGAGUGAGAGACACCAGGCAAAUGUGACCAAUCAAAUGAGAGAAAGACACCAGGCAAAUGUGACUAAUCAAAUGAGUGAAAGACACCAGGCAAAUGUGACCAAUCAAAUGAGUGAGAGACACCAGGCAAAUGUGACCAAUCAAAUGAGUGAAAGACACCAGGCAAAUGUGACCAAUCAAAUGAGUGAAAGACACCAGGCAAAUGUGACCAAUCAAAUGAGUGAAAGACACCAGGCAAAUGUGACCAAUCAAAUGAGUGAGAGACACCAGGCAAAUGUGACCAAUCAAAUGAUUGAAAGACACCAGGCAUAUGUGACCAAUCAGAUGAGUGAGAGACACCAGGCAAAUGUGACCAAUCAAAUGAGUGAAAGACACCGGGCAAAUGUGACAAAUCAGAGGAGUGAGAGACACCAGGCGGCCUCACACACUCAGAUGAAUAAGCAUCUGGCAACAAAUGUUGAAUCGCAAAGAUAUGUCCCAAGCUUUGCUCCAAAAGGCUGGGACCCAACUACCAAGUCAUCAAAGUCCUUACAAGGACCUGCAUCAAUGGAAUCUGUAAUUAAUGUUACGUCUAGACCUGCCAUAUUCACUGCGCCCAUUUCAAAGUCAGUCAUGAUCACAGGCCCUGAUGUUAAACCAACAAAUAACAAAAGACCAGGGUCUGGUUCUAUAUUGGCUGAGAAUCCGGAGAAACGGGCAUGUAAUUGGUCAGUGAUUGCUGAACAAUACUCGACAGAAAGUCAUCACUCUGUAAAUCAGGAGCAAAGACGUGACGCAUUGUACAGACGCUACAACAAAGACGAGCGUCAACAGACGCAUGCCACAAAGCGUCACCAAAAUCAUGAUGCAAUGUAUCAGGAGCAUACUGAUGUACCAAGUCACAACCAGACAUUUGAUCAGAUUCUGGCUGAGCAGAUAGCUAGACAAGCUGAACUCAAAAGCAAGAAUCACAACCAAGCUCCUCAGACUGGCACCAGCGUAAACGAGAAAAGACAAACGUGCCAACCUCUGACAAAAUCUUUACCCACUGUCAACAUGGACGACCUGUUUGGUGGAUUGUCACCUUACAGCUGCUGGAAUCAGUCGGCACCGGAAGACCCCAGGUUUUCAUAAUUUCCGGUUUUGUGUGCUUAAUUAAGCUUUGGCAAAGAUAUUUGCGGCAU